AUGAAUAAGUCUAACUAUUAUUAUUAUACUAAUGAUUCAAAUGAACUUCUCAGAAGAGACAGGUAAUAAGAAUAUUAUCUAUUAUUAUAGAGACUUUUUAAUACAUUAAUAAAAAUUAGAAGAAAUAAAACGAUCAAAAAGUGCUAUAGGAUGCAAUAGAAGAACUAAAUCAAUAAAAUUACCAAAAUCAAUUAAUAUUAAAGAUGAAAUGAAAUAUGCUGAAAUUUAACAUAAUAAUUAAUUAUUGGCUACAAAUUUAGCUAGAAUACAUUCAAGACCAUCUUAGCUACUUCAAAAAACUUAAAAUUAAUAAAUUUCAUUGAAAUCUUCUUAAUCAAAAGAAAAAUUAAAUUAACAUACAUUUAAAAUAUUGGAUGAAAAUAUCAAUUUAUGCAAAAGAAUAUUAGAUUAACAAAGUUAAAUUGAUUUUAAAUAAAAAUUAUAGGAAUACAAACAACAUAAAAAAAUUAAAUAAAGACUUUUAAAAGUUAAAAGAUAAUUUGAAUAAUAAGAAAAAAUAGGUUUUGAUUAAAGAUUUAAAUCAAAAUCUUUUUGUUAAGUUUAGAUGAAUAAAAUUUGA